CUGUGACGUCACGCUAAUAAAAACGUAUCUAGUGUCUUAGCAGAAAGACUGUACGCUGCUGUCAGACUGUUGGUGUUCGUCGUUGGUGACAGCUAAUCCAAGAUGAACUCCGGGUGCCUGUUGACGCUCGCCAGCCAGCCCGUGGGUCAGCUGCUGCUCCAGAAAGCAGACUGGCUGCUGUCUGCCCUGCAGCGCACGGUGGAGAACAUUUGCGCCGCUGGUGGUGGUUCGGAAAGUGCCCAGGCGCACCCUGCGCCGGAAGUGACGUCACCUGGGGAGGAUCUGGCGAGGGCAGUCUCUCGUCCCGAGGACAAAGAAGGCCCCGGCGUAUGGAAGCACGUUUCUGAUUGGCUGGGAAGCGUUGGUGUCGCGCUUAACCCUGAGGCUUUGGUGAAUGUAUCCAAAGAAGGGAAGAAGGCGAUUAAAGAAUUAAAAAGUCGGGGAUUGAAGAAGAUGAAUGAAACUUCGAAACAACCAUCGUUCCAGCAAUCUUUUGUUACUCGAGUGCUGUUUUGGCCUGUCAUGUCUACAUGGCAAUAUCUGAACUCCAUUUCCGAACCGUAUGUCGCUUCUGAAACUGAGACGAUGGAACGCCCUCAGGGCGAAGAUGAGCGUCAGACUCGGAUAUCUGCCACUUAUGGAGCGAGCGAGGUCUACGAAUCGAAAAGCUAUAAAAGUUCUCCCAAAGACAAACUUGCAGAGGACGAGUUUCUACAGGCCGAAGUAACCAUUUCGACACAGCGUGGCAGCGAAGACAUUGUUUCUGUCCCAGAGGACGGUGUGUGUGCGCCGGCAGCGUCCAACCCUGCUCCGGAAUCGGCCAACCCUGCUCCGGAAGCGGCCAACCCUGCCCCGGAAGCGGCCAACCCUGCCCCGGAAGCGGCCAACCCUGCCCCGGAAGCGGCCAACCCUGCCCCGGAAGCGGCCAACCCUGCCCCGGAAGCGGCCAACCCUGCCCCGGAAGCGGCCAACCCUGCCCCGGAAGCGGCCAACCCUGCCCCGGAAGCGGCCAACCCUGCCCCGGAAGCGGCCAACCCUGCCCCGGAAGCGGCCAACCCUGCCCCGGAAGCGGCCAACCCUGCCCCGGAAGCGGCCAACCCUGCCCCGGAAGCGGCCAACCCUGCCCGGAAGCGGCCAACCCUGCCCGGAAGCGGCCAACCCUGCCCCGGAAGCGGCCAACCCUGCCCCGGAAGCGGCCAACCCUGCCCCGGAAGCGGCCCCCAUAGUCCCGCCUUCUCACGACGGCGAAAAUAUUCCACACAAAACCAAGCGUCGGAGCAAAUUCAUGGAGCUCUUUGCGUUUAAAGCGAAAAGUUCAAAGUGAAGUUCCGAGCCAAAUUUUAAAAAUGCAUUUAAUAUAGACAAAUAAGUUCCAAGUUUUAUGUCGGAGUUUGCUAUUCAAAGAAAAAAUGAAUUGAAGUUGCGUAGUUUUUAGUGAAGAAUUUUUAUUUACUUUUGCAUCAAAACUCUGUGUUUUUUAAAUGUACACAGUGAAGUCGAAAUUUGAUUGUAUUUUUCUAGUAUAAAUAUUAUUUUAGUAUAUACAUGUACAUAACAUGAGUUAACGUUUUAAUAUAU